CCCUCCUCCUCCCACCCCCAAGGCCCGGUCCAUAGCACUGCAGCAGCCCUGCCGAUAGGGUUUCACUCUCUCUGGGGCGAAAAGGAGGGCAGGCAGUACAAAACAAACUGUUGGACAGAAAUCUACCCGGGAUUCUAUAUUCAUCUUCCUCUGACACACACUUUCUCUGGGACCUUCUGGGACCUGUGUCUUCCUGUGGAUACCUGGGUCUUAGCCAUGCCUAUCACAACUCCUGCCCCUUCUAACAAGAGGAAGAAGGCCAUCAAGAUCAUCACUGACCUGUCCAACGUCAGCCAGAAUGAUGACGAGUCAGACCCCGAGGCCUCCGAGCUAGACCUGGGCACCAAGAUCAAGACGCCCAAGGACUUGAUGCUGGAGGAGCUCUCCCUGCUCAAGAACAAGGGCUCCAAGAUGUUCAGGAUGAGGCAGCAGAGAGUUGAAAAGUUCAUCGUGACCAACGAGAACAUGGUGAAAGUGAAGAGGAGAAAGGGAGCGUGUGUGUGUUUGCGUGUCUUGUGUGUACAUGCGUGUACGGAUCAGACUACAUCUUCCUUUUAUGUCUUCCAGCAGAACCUCCAGAACCUGCUGAUGUCCCCUCCCCCUAUUCCACCAAAGCCUGAGAUGCCAAAAGAAGAUGUGGUGGAGGAGACAGUGGAUGAGGAGGCGGAGAAGGAGAAGAGGAGGAAGGAGUAUAUACGCACCUAUGUAUCGCCGUGGGAACGGGCCAUGAAGGGCAACGAGGAGCUGAAAGCCACCAUGAAGGCCUGCAUGCCGGGACCCAUCCAGAUGCAUCCGGAAAUGCCUCAGUACAAGAGCUUCAACAGGACGGCGCUGCCAUACGGCGGCUACGACAAGGCGUCAAAGAUGCUGACCUUCGAUCUCCCGGAGGUCAACAUUGCCACCGAGGAGCCGGAGCCUCUGCCCACCAUGCAGGCCGACAUCCGCUCACGCCCCUCGUUCAACCGCACACCCAUCGGCUGGGUCUGCUCUGAGGACAACUCACACAUCCACAUGGACCUGGACAACAUCCCCUUCGAUGGAGAGACAGAUGACCUGUGAACACGCAUGCGGACAAAAGCACGCUUACCGUAGCCUGGAACACACCCACACACACACACACACACAUUAAAAGUACAUGCACCAGAAGUCAUAAACACACAUACAUGAAGAAUACGCCCUCACAUGAGUGUAUAUAUGAGAGCAUGAGGCAGAUGAUAAUUUACACCACAUACACUGACAACAUGAGCAAUGUUAAAACUGCUGAAGCUCCCACGAACACAUGUUGAAAUGUACUUUAAUUGCAUGAAAAAAAACAACAACAAAAUGAACAAAAACAAUUUGAAAAUGACUUGAUGGAAAAAGGACAAAGUAUCUCCCCCGGUCUCCUGUGUGCUUUCUUACGUUUUCACCCUCAACGAUGAAUGAGUCUUAAUAUGAUUUUGCAAACUGAGCUAAUGUGAGACCUGUGUGAGCAGAAACAGAUAAGCACUCUGCACUCUUAAAACAAUGUAUUUAUUCAAUAAAG